GCCAGGGCUGGCCUGGUCCCUGCCUCCGCCACUGUCUGUAACUGCUAAUUUUUGCUCAUUAUGAGUAUCAUGACCUCUUGCCUUUAUGAAAAGUACAGAGAUCUUAUGGUGAGAAAGUACAUUUCUUGUUACCAGUGACUGCCAACAGAAGCUGUUUCAGGUACUGUAUUUUUCUUCGAGAAAUAAGAUUUUGUUUUCGAGAUUGUGAAGUUUUUCAAAUUCCACAGCAUGUCCAGGCUCUGCUUCCCUUCGACCCAUACCCUGCAAGAGGCUAGAAGUAAUCUGAAAUUUUCCUUGGCACACCAACGCCACUCGUCCGCUCCCAACCCAAAGGUAGGAUCUUUCUACUUGUGUUGACUGCAGUCUCUCUCUCCAGCACCCACAGUAUCUGUUUCCCAAAGGCUAUAGCAUCCCUUAUGCUAGAUUUGGGGUGGCAUCUAAAUGACAAUCUUGUCACUUUUACAAUUUUACAUGGGGUUAAGGGAAAUGUGAAUCUGAAUUAGUUUUUUUUUCUUUCCAAUGAUGGGAUACAUGACUCGAGUCACUCGACAUCGCGUGGCCCUUUUUCUGGGAGAUGAGAUCUCACAGUAGAACAAUUUACUGAACAUUGUCUAUGUGGUGCACAUAACUUCAUGGACCAUCCAUUCACUAUAUCCAGAACACAAUGAUUUGCCACCAAAACAGUCUUGAUAUUAGUUUCCUUACCACUUCGUAGGACUUCAGAUUCCCAACCAAGUUCAUCAAAUGUAUCAGAAUUCAGAAUUAAGAAGCAUUCCAUCUCACCGCAUACCUCAGUGCUGACUUGACUACCAGAAUUAGGCUUCUUCAUUUUUAGGUGAAGUCAUGUGUUGCUUCCAAGUAAAAGUAAAAUCAACCAUUUGCUAGAAUUUGAAAUGCUCCCAUAAGGGCAUACAUCUUAGAUAAAAACACACCCUUGGAAGGUGAGAACAAAAGGGAACUCCAAGCACCUAUAAAAUUGACGCCAUCACUUGGUGCCCCCAUCUUCUGUUCUAUACAAAUGCUCAGGCAUAUGCAGCGCAGCAGCUAGCUCAGUAUAUUUCAUGGCCCAACAAGCACCCGAGUGCCCAGUUGGUUAUAGCAGCUCCUCCACUUCACCAACCGGCGGCUUCUGGGAGCAUGCGCCCAUCCCCUCAUGGAGUCCCUACGCAGGCAUUGCUACUGACCCUGUGGCUUUCUGCACAGACCUCACGUCAUUGACCCACACAGGCCUGCCAGGCAGGUAUCAGGGGAACCAGACUGUCCUAAGCACAGGAGCUCCUGGGAGCAGCACCGAGCAUGUGGGAAGCAACGGCUAUGGGAUGGACUUCCUUUCCUUGCUCGAAGCGAGGAAGGCGAUGCCGGAAAUGCUCGAGGAUUUCCCCACGGCGGCAUGCGACUACCUCAAAGGGUUGGACGGCGGCGCCUGCAGCAGCAUGGCUGGAUCAGCUCCAUAUGGUUUGCACAGCGCCAGCCAGUGCACUGGCUCCAGUGCUUUGCCCAUCAGGAACGAUGAGUAUACGAGCUCGCCGCUGGAGUGCCUGGGGAACAGUACAUUGGUGCAAGACAGCAUAAUGGUUCGCAUACCAUGCCACAGCCUUGAGGUGAAACGAGAUGGCAACCAGCAGCAAGCUCCUGUGAAUGCAUUUCUGCAGCAAAUGCUCCCUAGUAGCGUUGCAAUUCAGGGAAGCUCUUUGGGUUAUUCCAGCACAGGGAAUGGAAUGGUUUUUCCGGAGGACCAAGUAAUGGAUGAUGCUAGGAGUUUGCCGGAUGCUGUCUCUUUCAGUGAAUACAGAUCAGACACAGAAUUAACACGUGCCAAUCAACAUGUGCAACAUAUUACCUCGUUGCAGGCAAGGACUUGUAGUAGAAAUGGAAGUGGUGCAGCGAGUGGUCUUAAGAAGAGAAAAUCAGAGGAAAAGUUGGGAGGCAGUCAGAGGAAGUCUAAGCAAGAUACUUCACAUACAUCACCUCCCAAGGUAACUACUAAUAAUGAAGAAUAUUUAGUGAACUGGUUAAAACUUUUUCACCAAGCACUUGAUAUACUUGUUUCGAGACAAACACAGACACAGGCACCCGUGGGGGAGAGAGAGAAAGUUAUAGCAUUGCAGCACAUCGUCUCGCCUUAUGGAAAGACAGAUAGAGCGUCAGUGCUGCUUGAAACCAUCAAACACAUUGAAUAUCUAUAUGAGCAAAUACAGUUAUACAGUGAACCCUACAUCGAGAAUAGCACAAAAAAGGUGCACUUUCAAUGGGGAGGUCAAGAGGAGCAGAAGGCAGGGGUAGAACAUGAUUUGAGGAGCAGAGGUCUUUGCUUGGUACCUGUUUCAUGCACCCCACAACUUCUCCGAGAUAAUAGCCUGUUGGACUGCUUGACUCCGCCGUACAAGAGCUCCCUGUACCAAUGAUCCCGGCGAUUCCAUGGUUUGUUUCAUCAGCCUGUAGCUGCGAGUCUGCGACUGACGAGUGCGACGGUCUGGUAGAGGAUUUUAUGGGAAGCUACUUGUUUUGCUUGCUUUUUCCUUGCUUUACUCACUUUUUUUUUUGCCGAGAAAGCUUUACUCACUUUGUAUCGUUUGGUUUCCUUGAAUAAAUGUCAGGUCAGGCUAGUUUGUUUUACCCUCUCAGGGUAGCAACAUCCCAUAAGUCGGUGGUGGUCUU